AUGUUAGCCAUGAAGCAGUAGAUUUUCAUUUAUGCAAUGUAUACUUAAUUUUGAUAAUUUAUAGAUUAAUUGGAAUAAUGAGCCUAAUUAGAAUAAUAUUCCUAAUUACAAGAAGAAAGCAACAUUUUAGAUCAGAUUCUCAAUAAUAAUCAGAGGGUGACUCUCAAUAAAAGCAAAUUUAGCUAGAAAGAUAAGCAGAAUUGGAAAAGCAAAAACUAUUGUAAUCUGAAAAAAGUUUUAAAUAACCAAAGCAAAAAAUUCUACCAAAGAAAUAACAAAAAUUAUCAUAAAAAGAAGAUAGAUCAAUAUAAUGGUAGAAGUAAUAAAUAUAAAAGGCAUUAAAUUAAAGAGAUAAUAAAUUUGAUUUUUAAUUAUUAUAAAAACCCUACAAUUAAAAUAACUAAGAUAAAAAAUAGAAAUAGAAAUAAGAAAAAUAACAAUUUAGAUUAGAGAUUGAAGAAGAUGAUAAUGACGAUGAAUGGAUCGAAGUCAGAAGCAAAAAAAAAUCCCUUUAAUUGUAAAAAUAAGCAAAGCCAUAAAAAAUUUAGCAAAAAUAGGAAAAAAAAUUAAGAUAAGGUAAUGAAUUAAAAUAAAAUUUGAAUUAAAAGGAAAAACAAACUUAAAAAUAAUAAUAUCGCUAACAAAGAGAUUUAUAUAUUAUCAAAUAAUCUUGGCAAAAUAAAUAAUAUAUUUAAAAGUAACCAAUAUUUUAGUAAUCUAAUGAACUAUAUGNAAUGAUGAACAUAGAUUUAAAAUAAGAUGAAAUUAAACAAUAAGCUGUAAAAGAAUAACCAAUAGUUCAACCUUAAAAAUAGCAAUAAUAGCCAUCUUAACACAAUGUACCAUAAAAAUCAUCACAACCAAUAUAAAGUUCUACCUUAAAGGAUUAACAAGCAAAAUAAUCUUAAACUUAACCAAUAGUCUAAGUUUAACAAAAGAUUCAAAAUUAAGUUUAAAAUUAAUAAAAUCAAAAAAUGACUAAUCAAGAAACAACCUAAACUUCUAAUGAAAAUAGUAAGCUUUAAAGUAAAUUACAAAAAAAAUAAAAAAAAAAGAUUGAGGAAGAAUAAAAUGAAGAAGAAGAAGGAUGGAUAUCUGUGGAACCAAAAUAAGUUAAAAUUAUGUAAUAAUUGAGUUUAAUAUUUAGAUAAAAAGAAGAUGAUUCAAAUUAAUAAGAAGCACAAGAAAAUAAAUAAUAAAGAAAAAAGGGUUUAUUUACAAAGGAAGAAUAUUAAUAAUUAAAAGAAGAAGCUAAAAAAAUAGAAGAAGCUUAUUCUAUAAGAAUACAAUAAAUAGAAGAGAUUCAUAGAGCAAAGGUAAUCUCAAAACUAACUUAAUAUGAAGUUAAAAAUGCUGAUUAAUUGUUUAAAACUUAAUAUGUUGCUGCUCCUCCAAAAAUAGAAUAUAAAAUGCCUGAAGUUUAGCCAAAGUUUUUGAAAAGGGAAGAGAUAGAUUAAUUAGUCUAAGCUAAAAUGCCAAAAACUAGAGUAGCUGGCUCAAAUGAAGUUUUUGUGGAAAAAUCAGAACCUCUUGCCUUCUAAAAUGUUAAAUAAUCAGAAAUUAAAAAAACAACAUUUAAAUCAAAAAUUAAUUUCUCUAAACCAAUCCCAUAAGAAAAUAAGGAGUAGAAAUUAUUUACUGAUCCCCCUAUAACCUUUGAAACAAAUAAAGACCCUUCUAAAUCUUUCUUCUCAACUUAAGUUAUUCUAACUGUUAACACAAUUGGGAAAGAUCUUUUUGGAAGAGUUAAGAGAUACAGAAGACCAAUAUUAGAAAAAAAAUAAUCUGACUAAAAAUAAAAGGAAAUUUAUUAAGUUAAAGAUUAUGAAUUUUAAGAAAAAUAAAAUAAUUAAUAAGAGCUCUAAUAAACAAUUAUAAAUUUAAAUGAAAAACAAAACAAGGAAAAGUCAGUAAAUAUUAAUGAUAACUAAAGUUCACAAAAAUUAGAACAAAAAACUUUGGAUAAGUAAAAAAAUGUAAUAAAAGAAACAACAAUAUAAAACAAAUCAGAAAUUCAAGAUUAGAAAAUUGAAAGCUCAAAUUCAAAAAAACUUUAAGUAAGAUUUUAGGAAAAACCUCUUUAUGAACCUAAAAUGUAGUAACCAGAAGUUGUCUAAAAGGAAAAAGUUUGCAAUACCCCUCAAAAUGAAGAUGCCUUUGAAUAAAAUUAAAAAUUGAAUUAAAAGUAAAAAAGAACCUAAAAAUAAUAAUAUCGCUAACAAAGAGAUUUAUAUAUUAUCAAAUAAUCUUGGCAAAAUAAAUAAUAUAUUUAAAAGUAACCAAUAUUUUAGUAAUCUAAUGAACUAUAUGUAGUUAAUGCACAAAAUAUAAAAUAAACGAUUUAGUUAAGUGAUGAUUUAAAAAUAUAUUACUUAAUUAAAAGCAAGCAGAAAUAAAUAAGUAGUAAUUUCACAUAGAGUAGGAGAAUAAAAUAAAUUUUAUUUUGGGCAUGGUAAAUUAAUAAAAUAAAGAGAAAAAAUAAUAAUAAGUAAACUAAUUGUAAUCUGGAAAAACUUAAUUUGAUGUUGAAUAUGAAAAUGUUAAUGACUUUUAAGAAAACUAGGUCAAAGAAUAAUAAGUUGAAUAAAAUAUUUAAUUAGAAUCUGAAUAAACUUAAUUGGAUGUUGAAAAAGAUGUGGUUAUUAAUAAUCAAAAUAUUAAUGACAUUUUAGAAAACCAGGUUUAAGAAUAGUAAGUUCAAUAGAUUACUCAUUAACCUGAGAUAUUGGAUGAAAAAUAAGUGAUCUUAAAUAAAAAUGUGAAUGACAUUUAAGAAAACUUGGUAUAAGAAAAAUAAAACGAAUAAAAUAUUUAAUUAGAUUCUGGAUAACCUGAGAUAGUGGAUGAAAAAGUAGUGAAUUUUAAUAAUUAAUAUGUUAAUGACAUUUAAGAAAACUAAGUCUAUGAAUAAUAAGUUGAAUAAAUUAUUCAAUAAACUCUCAUCAAGUUGAGAUAGUGA